GCAGCGUGACGUAGCAGUGGGCGUGACCUCACGGUGACCCGGAAGCGAAGAGGGGCCUCAACGCGGUAUUAUCGCCACGAACGCUUCAUCAUAAACCUCGAUCCUCUCGCUGAUCUGAGGAGUGAACAUGGAGGCUGGAGACGCGCUGGACGUGCGUCAGGCUCUAGCCACGCUCGCGGCAGCCGGGGAUGGCGGAGAGGCACGGAGCUCCCUCGAGCUCCUCACAUCCUUCCUCCACACCUCGAGCUCGCGACGGGGCCAGUUUGAAGAGCUCUACUAUGCCCGCUUCGUGGAGGUUCUGCUGGGCCAGCUGAGCGCCGACUGGCUGUCCGCUCUGCGCUUUGAGCAACAGCGCAGCCUGGUGGACGCAGCGCUGCUCUCCGGCCCGCCCGACCAGGCUCUGCUUGCUCUACUGGCCGCUCUGGCCGGGUUAGAGGCAUCAAGUCGCCUUGACAAAUGCGUGUCCCUGCUGGAGACCUUCCUACGCCAAGGUCGCCUGGCCGAGUUGAUGUUUCGCAGCUGCGUGGAGCAGCCUGGGAGCCUGUGCGAGAGCAGCGUCACGCAGGAGACAUUGCUCGGGAAGAUGGUCGCCUUGCCUGACUUGGCAGCCAACAAACUCAAGCUGAGCAACAGAGAAAUGUUCAGGCCUGUGCGAUACUUCGAGCUGCUUGCCACGGAAACGUUUGCCGCCCUUGAGAGGGUUUGUGCGGCGCUUAGAGAUGGACGUGACUGCUCGGUGAAGUUCAUCUCUGCUGUGCUGGGAAAGGCGUGCACACAGGGUCACGCGGAGACCGUGUGGGGCUCGCUGAUGCCUCGCCUAACCCCCCUCGUUGAGAUGGACUUUCUGUGGCGGAGGAUUGGCUACCGAUUGCUGGAGAAUGUGCCGGACCGCUGGAGUGAGAGCGUGAUGUUGGGCCUUGUCCGCUUGGCACCGAGGCACACAGUCCUAUCCUGGCUCUUGGGGGACCUUGUGCUCAAAAAUCCAAAGUUGCGUUACUUACUCACGCAGAAGAUGCUCUUGCUCAGAUACGACAAGACGCACAUUUUAAGAAAUAUUUUGGGGUAUCUGGCGGAUGCGGCCAGCAGAAGAACUUUGUUGAUUGAAGCAUUAAAAACACUCCUUGACACCUGGAGCAAUGCCAGCUCUGUGAAGCAUACCUCCUAUGAACAGCAUGCCUACAUCACUCAAGCCAUCCUGAUUUGCUUAGGACUGCUGAAUGAACAGGACAAAAAAAAGCACAAGCAUACAUUAUUGAGUUUGAUGAUGGGUGGUGUCAAGUGUCACCUUGAGAGUAACAUCGUAUCGGUCAGGCGACUAGGCAUGAUAACAGCUGAGAGUAUUACAUCUGUCCUGGAGCCAGCGGGUCACCAGCUGAAAUUUGAGUAUGAAGAGGAUGAGGAAACUGUGCAUCUCAAAUCACUUUUAAAUCCAGAACCAGAGCAGAAUGAGGCACAGAUGCAUUCCCAUGCUGCCAUUGUGGAAAAGAUUUCUCAGGAUCAAUACGGUAAAGAUCAACACAACCCAGAAAUGAAGGGAAACAAGGAGGACAAAUCUUGGACUGAAAAAAAGCCAGCAGUUGAAGAUGAGGACCUUGACAGUGAUGAUGACCUGGUGCCUUAUGACAUGUCUGAUGACGACGAUGAUGACAUGCCAAAACUUAAAAAGCCACAUUACAUCCGAGAUUGCAUGGAGGGUCUGCUUGCAUCAGAAAAACCGGAUAAGUUGGAAGCCGCGCUGAUGGCUGCUGAGUCGUUAAUCAGGAGUGACGCCACUUCCACAAAGGAAGUCAGCGUAGAACUUGUUAAAAUCCUCCUACACAUGGAGGAACUCGGCAGCAUCAUGAACUUCCAAAGUUUGCGUCAAAGGGCUAUGGUGGCAGCGACUGCCACGGACCCAGCCAGGGUGGCCAGUUACCUCACUGCCGAGUUCUACGGGCCGAACUACAACCUCCGGCAGCGCAUGGACAUGUUGGACACCCUUGCUUUAACGGCACAGGAGCUCUCGCAGGUGACGCUGGCUGCUGUUAAAGCUGCGCGUCCAGCGCAUGUUUCCGAGAUUGCAGAGGGCGGGCCAACUCUUCCCGACCCCUCCCUGCCGACCCACUGGACUGAGAUCGUGCGACGUCGAAUUGACAGCAAGACCAAGCGGUUCGCCAGUCCACGGGCUCCGGAGCCCACAGCUGUCCCGAAUAAUUUUGCUGCAGUUGCUGGCAAUUUUUUCUUUCCACUGAUUAGCAACUAUGAUAACAAGCUGGAUACGUUUGACUUGCUCGGCGAGGAUCACAUGGUGUUGGCGCGCUUGCUACACACGCUGGGCGCGAUAAUGCACGCUGCCUCGUGCGCCCCGCUAGCCCCACGCAUGGCCAAGACGCUGCUGGACUUCCUUUGGGCCCUGCGUUACCACAGCGACCCUCUUGUGCGCCGCGGCCUGCUCUUCUGCCUGGCAAUGGCCACAGCAGCUGCGCCGAGCGUCUGCGCUGAGGCCGAACUGCUCGGGGAGGCCACAGAGACCCGGGCCUGGCUCGAAGACAUGAUGGAGAGUGAGCCUGACCGCGAGUGCCAGCAGCUUGCACUCCAGUGCUUGCUGAUUGUCGACGGGGCCCUCAAGAAGGAGCUGGCUGUCAAGCAGUAAGCGGGGGGCAGCUGCUUGCCUAAGCACGGACAUUUGUAUUGGCAGCGACCUCAAUUGGCUACGUUGAUGUCUUUCUGCUAAGGGAUAUAUAAGUGCAACUUUAAUGUGGGUGCACUCUCAGCAAGACUGAUGAGUGCCCUAAAAGGUAUGUGCAUGCACAAUUAGGUUUUUCUUCCCCCAACAGUGGUACAUUGGUGUCAACACUUAACGUUGCUAAUGCAUGUAAACAGGAAGCAGACAGGGCGAGGCGGUGGAUGGAAAAGUGUCAUUCAUUUGGGUUUCCAUUACUUGUCCGUGGAUGAUGAAACACACUCUUUGCUUUAAAACACUUGCUCUGUAAAAUACACCUCCACUAUGUGAAUAAUCAAAAUGUUUUGUGACAUUGUAGAUAGAAUGUAGAAUUUGUACACAAUUGUAUAUACUAUCCAGUAUUGCUAUGCUAUGAACAAUUAUAUUUUGACUUAUGUAUAUGACCUAAUGAUGAUCGAAGUCAUGUGUAAUAUGCAAAGCUAAGUAAAUGCUUUUAUAAUAAAUUUCAAACUGAAAUGCAGUCCAAGUUUGUUGGCUGCAGCGUAUAGCUGUUGAAGUUUUAUACACCGUCAUUUGGCUUAGGUUAAUGACAUCCUGCAAUAGCGGUGUAAUGGCAAUGAUCACCUGUGUUAAAAAGGCCAUUAAUAAGGUUGAUUUGGUUUCUUACCUUUUUGGGAGGUAAACAGAAUGUUAUUUGUUCACGUGAACAUUUUGUGCAAGCUGUAUUUGAUUCCAUAAAUGCCUCGAGUCUGAAACGGAAUAAAAGGGCCUGUAUUGAAAGUGUGAAUAACCAUAGCAAAAGUAUGGGUGUUUUUUCUUGGCCCUGCCAGGGAUGUGAUGUGGCAGGCACCACGCCCAGUUGCCACACUAGGAACUAAAUGUAGCGAUACGAGGCCUCAUUGAGUAUUAUUUUUAAGUCAAGUCGAUCAGUGAGUGGCCCUCAUUGGAUAUGGUGGAUGGAAUUGAACUAGAGUUGCAACAAACCAAUGCAGUGUUGCAGAAUUUUUUUCAAAUAUUUCCACCAUUCACAUUUAACACAAAUAAAUGUCCCAACAAAAUUCAAUGACAGUAUUUCACCUACAUUUAUUUUUCACAUGACUUUCACAAGACUAAAUUUGACACGUACUUAGAAACUGGAGUAAAUAAAAGGCUGUGCAUGCUCCUCCAGUAGUACACCUAACGUGCUUAAAGUCUCAGGUUUAUACUUUUCUUUUGUAGCCACUCGAAUCCUGGAAUUGUUAGUAAGAAGAAGUAAACACUAUGACCCUUGAUGGAAAGUGCACAUCUCUAAGAACAUCUGGGAUAAUUCCCCUAUACAGCCUUGGCCAAUAUUGUACUCGUGUCUAGAAUAAAUAAUAAUGCACAAGGCAUAUCUAUACACAUUACUAAUACUUCGUGGUGGAUCAUUACUAAAGUGGUGACAGCACUACACCAGUGAGACAUUAACAGGAAAACCCUACUUGAUACAAACUACACUUAUUACAAAUGGCAUGUUAAUACAAUGUGCUAUAAAAUAGCCUUUAAAAUCAAGGACGAGCUCUCAUCGACAAAAAAAUGUCUGUGGGAACAGUAUUAUUGACACAGCAAUUUGCUGUACUUAGUCUUAGGCCAGAGGUAAUGUCUUUGAGAGUACUUUGAGAAAAAUACAGAAGCGUUUCACUGACUGCUGAAAUUAGAAAAUUAACCUUUUAAGGCUAUAUAUUAUUUUAAGAACUAGGAAAAGAUAGAACCAUCUUUUAUGGGUAUACUCCGAAUUAACGUCUGUUAUUUAGACUGCACGCUUACAAGAAAAAGCUGACAUCAGCUCCAUUUAAUUGUGUAAUGUUUUAAAGUCCAAUCAAUAAGUGGCUAUCUUUUUCAUCAAUGGACAGGUUCCUUCUGCUUUGUUUGGGUGACGUUCUCCAAAUCAGUCUUCAACAAAUUUCUCUGAAAGACAAACACGGUGCAUCUGUGAAAAAUAGCAUUAUAGCUCAUUGAAUUCAUCCAGUAUAAAUACAUUCUGAUUGUGAGUAGCUGAACAAGAACUAAGUGUUGGGUAUGGUUGCACAUGCCUCCACUUGGGAAGAAAAUAUUGGUGGAUCAUGCAGAUUUGUACAAAUCCCACAGUGCUGUAAGAUGACCAUUUCAGAUUCAAUGAUGAGUCAUAACUGAUAGUAAUGAAAUACAGGAAAUUAUGAAUAACUUGAGGCUACGAAGUGAGGCUAAAGAUAAA